ACGCGGGCGGUGUCGUGAAAAGCCCCGUGAAGGACGGCAGCGGCGUCUGCUCCGUGAGUGGGGGGGGCGGGCAGGGCCGGGUGCCGGUGUCGUGACAGCGCCUGUGUCUCGACAAGCGCGGAGACAUGCCGUUCUGGGAUCUGCAGCGGCAGCUGGGCAUCGAUGUGGACCGGUGGCUGCUGCGGCAGAGCAUGCCGCAGCCCUACGGCAAGCCCGGGGCGUGUCACGCCUUCGAGCGGGAGUGGGUGGAGUGCGGGCACGGCCUGGGCCAGACCCGCGCCCGCCGCGAGUGCCAACCCGAGUACGAGGACUUCAUGGAGUGCAUGCACCGCACCAAGCUGGCUGUGCGGCUGAGAACCAUCCUGGAGCAGAGGGACAAGAUGAUCAAGGAAGGGAAGUACACACCCCCUGACUACCACAAAGGCAAAGAGGAGCCACGGCCGUGACCUGCUGGCGACUUGAACAUCAGGGAAAAUCCGGGGGACAACUGUGUGACAUCAGCAUGGGGUGUGCUGAAGGGGGGAGACCCCACGCUCAGCAUGGAUUGGGGCAGUAAAUGUUUCCUACUGAACAGC